UUUCAAUAUGUGUAAUUCUAUGUUCGACGGAAAUAUUUGCGAUGUUAGAACUAAUAAGGCAGUUUUUCGAUGCUACUGAUACAAAUAUCACACGAGUGCGAACAGAAGAAGAACGCCAGGCACGCUCAGGGGAAUUCGCAGUGCUUGACUUUAUUGGACUUGUUGAACAAUACGAUGAAUACACAGCAGAAGAGUAUGAUGUACAAACAGAUGAUGGAUACAUCUUAAAAUUGCACCGAAUUACCGGAAGCUCAUCGAGCCCCAAAGCUGCUGGAAAACCGAUAGUUUAUUUCCAACAUGGUCUUUUUGGAGAUUCGGAUUUUAAAGUGGUUCUUGGGCCUAAACAAGCCCUCACAUUCCUUUUGGUGGAUGCAGGUUAUGACGUUAGGUUAGAAAAUUGCCGAGGUACCGCUUAUUCAAAGCGGCAUGUCAAAUAUUCAGCUCGAGGAAGUAGUUUAAAAUUUUGGAACUUCAGCAUAGACGAAUUGGCACUCAUUGAUGUGCCUAAAUUUAUCGAUGUAGUGUUAGAAAAAACCAGUCAACAGAAACUCAGUUAUAUUGGAUAUACUCCAUGGGAAUGACAUUACUUUUCAUGCUUUUGUCUGAAAAACCUGAGUAUAGUGAUAAGAUAAAUGUAGCCGUUCAUAUUGCUCCAGUUGUUUUCGUAACACCUCCAUUUAGGCCAUUUAUAAAAUCAUAUUUAGCCCUUGCACCAGUAGCAGAGAAACUUUCUGCCGCAAUGCAAAUCUAUCAAGUACUUCCGCUGUCAAAAGUUAAUCAAAUCGUAGGAAAAGAUAUUUGCACUACUGAACUUGGAAAAACAUUGUGCGGAACAUUUUUAAGUCCACUUGGAAACAUUAAAAACUUAAACUUCACUGCGCUUCCAGAGAUACUUGCUUACGUUCCUGCAGGUGCAUCGAUUAAUACACUGGUCCAUUAUCACCAAAUAAUUAAAAACGGAAGGUUCGCAAAAUUAUAUUUUGGGACAUCGGCUAAUCCUUCAAAGUAUGGUUCCAGUAGACCAUCGCUUUAUAAUCUAUCAAAAGUUACAUCCCGGCAAGCUAUAUUUUACUCUGAGAUAGACGUGUUUGUUAAUGUCACCGAUAAAUUAAAAUUAAAAACAAAUUGAAAAAUGUCGUAGCGUUUGAAAAGGCUCCUAGUGAUUAUAAUCAUAUGGACUUCAUGUGGGCUAACAGUGCUACAGAUACGGUUUAUCCCAAAGUAUUAAAAGUCAUAGCACAUAAUUCUUAAUUUAAUUAUCUAAAAAACUACCAAACGUUUUUAUCAUUGAAGCAGUGCCGAAUAAAAAAUUUAAUCAUUUAGAUUUUAUACUUGCACGCGAUCUAAAAACAUGAUUAAACGAUCGUGUUAUCCAAAUUCUGAGAAAUACAGUUAAAAAAACUUUAACAAAAUCCUGACAAUCUUUUAGUGAAUUAUAUGUUAUAAAUGCUUUUUAGUUUUCUAACAGAAUAACUUUUGAUUUGUACGCCGUAUUGUAUACCUUGUCACAUAAUCCAAGAAUAAUUUAAACAAAUAUAGAGAUGAUUUUGAAUUUUUGAAGUGCAACCUAUGACAUUAUGAUUUCUUAUGAAUUUUAAACAUGAGUUUAACUGCUGUUUGUUGAUAUGCGGAUGCUCAUCAAUAACAGUGGCCUAAAUGCGACAACUGUAUACUCCAGCAUGCAUUGCAAACAAUUUUUUUUAAUAAAGCUCUUUUCCUGUA